GCGGAGGGCGGUGGCAGCGCUGGCGCUGGGGACCGGCUCGGUGGCUUCGGGAAGCAGCUCGGCGACGGCGGCCGCUCGCGUUCCUCCGCAUCCCGGCCUCGGCACGGCUCGCAGCUCCUUUGCCACCGGCGUCCGGCAAUGGGUCCCACCGGCCGGGCGUAGCAGCUGCGCGUGCGCGUGCGCGGAACCGCGGGGCCAUGAGCGAAGCCGGCGGCGGCCGGGGCUUUGGGUACUCGGUCCCCCAGCGAGCGCCAUGGAGCCUGGUGGCGGCGACGGCCGCGCUCUGCCUGGUGUCGGCCACGUCCGUGUGGACGGCGGGGGCCUCGCCCAUGAGUAGGGAGGAGAAACAGAAGCUUGGGAAUCAAGUACUGGAAAUGUUUGAUCAUGCUUAUGGUAACUACAUGGAACAUGCGUACCCAGCUGAUGAACUCAUGCCUUUGACCUGCAGAGGUCGAGUUAGAGGCCAAGAGCCAAGUCGGGGUGAUGUUGAUGAUGCCUUGGGAAAAUUUUCCCUGACACUGAUUGAUUCUUUGGACACUCUUGUGGUAUUAAAUAAAACUAAAGAAUUUGAAGAUGCGGUGAGAAAAGUUUUAAGAGAUGUUAAUUUAGAUAAUGAUGUAGUUGUAUCAGUCUUUGAAACAAACAUCAGAGUUCUUGGGGGUCUUUUGGGUGGACACUCAUUGGCCAUCAUGCUGAAAGAAAAAGGCGAGUACAUGCAGUGGUACAAUGAUGAACUUCUCCAAAUGGCAAAGCAGUUGGGUUACAAACUUUUACCAGCUUUCAAUACUACCAGUGGCCUUCCUUAUCCAAGAAUUAAUUUAAAGUUUGGUAUCAGAAAACCAGAAGCUCGGACAGGAACUGAAACAGAUACCUGUACAGCUUGUGCAGGUACCUUGAUCCUUGAGUUUGCUGCUUUAAGUCGAUUCACAGGAGCAACGAUAUUUGAGGAAUAUGCAAGAAAAGCUCUUGAUUUUCUCUGGGAGAAAAGACAGCGAAGUAGUAAUUUAGUGGGCGUGACUAUAAAUAUUCAUACUGGAGAUUGGGUACGAAAAGAUAGUGGAGUUGGAGCAGGGAUUGAUUCAUAUUAUGAAUAUCUGUUGAAAGCCUAUGUCUUGCUUGGAGAUGACAGCUUUCUGGAAAGAUUUAAUACACACUACGAUGCCAUAAUGAGGUACAUAAGCCAGCCACCUCUUCUACUUGAUGUGCAUAUCCACAAGCCAAUGCUGAAUGCUCGGACUUGGAUGGAUGCUUUGCUUGCCUUUUUUCCAGGUUUGCAGGUCUUAAAGGGGGAUAUUAGACCUGCUAUUGAAACUCAUGAAAUGUUAUAUCAGGUGAUUAAAAAACACAAUUUUCUACCAGAGGCAUUUACCACAGAUUUCAGGGUGCAUUGGGCUCAACAUCCUUUAAGGCCAGAAUUUGCAGAAAGUACCUACUUCUUGUAUAAAGCUACAGGAGAUCCUUACUACCUUGAAGUAGGGAAAACACUUAUUGAAAAUUUAAAUAAAUACGCUAGAGUGCCUUGUGGAUUUGCUGCCAUGAAGGAUGUUCGUACUGGAAGUCAUGAGGACAGAAUGGAUUCCUUCUUCUUGGCCGAAAUGUUUAAAUAUCUUUACCUGUUAUUCGCGGAUAAAGAAGACGUUAUUUUUGACAUAGAAGAUUACAUUUUUACAACAGAAGCUCAUCUGUUACCUCUUUGGCUCUCUACUACAAAUCAAAGAAUCUCUAAGAAGAACACAACUUCAGAAUAUACAGAACUGGAUGACAGUAAUUUUGAUUGGACUUGUCCAAACACUCAGAUUCUCUUCCCUAAUGACCCAUUGUACGCUCAGAGCAUUCGUGAACCCUUGAAAAAUGUGGUGGACAAGAGCUGUCCUAGAGGCAUCAUCAGAGUAGAGGAGAGUUUCAGGAGUGGAGCUAAACCCCCUCUGAGAGCCAGAGAUUUCAUGGCCACUAACCCUGAGCAUUUAGAAAUCUUGAAGAAGAUGGGGGUGAGUUUGAUUCACCUCAAAGAUGGGAGAGUCCAGUUGGUUCAACAUGCAAUCCAAGCUGCUAGUUCAAUUGACGCGGAAGAUGGAUUGAGGUUUAUGCAGGAGAUGAUUGAAUUGUCAAGUCAACAACAAAAAGAGCAGCAGCUACCUCCACGAGCUGUACAAAUUGUUUCUCACCCAUUUUUUGGCCGGGUAGUAUUAACUGCUGGUCCAGCUCAGUUUGGGCUAGAUCUGUCUAAACAUAAAGAGACAAGAGGAUUUGUUGCAAGCAGUAAACCGUACAAUGGUUGUUCAGAGCUUACUAACCCUGAGGCAGUGAUGGGAAAGAUUGCUCUGAUACAAAGAGGACAGUGCAUGUUUGCAGAAAAGGCACGCAACAUCCAGAAUGCUGGAGCCAUCGGUGGCAUUGUUAUUGAUGACAACGAGGGGAGCAGCAGUGAUACUGCCCCUCUGUUCCAGAUGGCAGGUGAUGGAAAGGACACAGAUGACAUCACGAUCCCCAUGCUGUUCUUAUUCAGUAAAGAAGGAAGUAUCAUAUUGGACGCCAUCCGGGAAUAUGAGGAGGUAGAGGUCCUCCUUUCUGACAAAGCAAAAGAUCGAGAUCCUGAGACGGAAAAUGAAGAACAACCAUCCUCUGAAAAUGAUUCUCAGAAUCAGAGUGCUGAACAGAUUGCAUCAAGUUCUCAGGAGGUUGAUUUGGUUGAUCAGGAGUCUCCUGAGGAAAGUUCUCUAAACUCUUACCCAGAAUCUUUGUCUCCAGCAGAUACGGACAAUGCUGCAAGCAUUUCUCCUUCUGAACAGAAUUCUAAUCCCACGGAAAACCAUGAGACUACAAGUCUUGAUGGUGAAUGUACAGAUUUAGAACAAUCAGAAACUGAGGAGGAUUCCAGUCCUAAUGUUAGCUGGGGUAAAAAGGUCCAACCUAUAGACUCCAUAUUAGCAGACUGGAAUGAAGAUAUAGAAGCAUUUGAAAUGAUGGAGAAGGAUGAACUCUGA